AUGGGGAGUCGGCUGACAGUGCUCGAGGUCGGUCCGACACCGUACGACCCCCUCGAGGCCCUUUGCGAGGUGCCGCAGCCACAGGGCACCACCAGCCGCAUAGCUGUGCGCCGCGCCGACCUGGUUGAGUUCCCAUGUGCCAAGACGUACCCCGAGAAAGACGUGGAAGACGAGUACUGCCUCAUAGACGAUUCAAGGUGGGAAAGGGGAGUGCUGGGCGCUGCAUGCACCCAUUCAACGAGCGACUUCACGGCAGAAGCGGGCAUUUCCUGUCUGCUCUGCUUCCAGGGAGUGUUUGAGCACGACUGCCUCCGGCACCGAUAGCGCAGCGGAUGCAUCCGAGUCGACAUCUCGGUAACCGAAGAAUGCACACAUGGCACACGCGAAGCGCCACCCACCGUGUGUGUGCUGGCGUUGUCAUUCAGCAACUCUUCAUCUCAACAAGGCACCGCAGACGCCGUCACCCUUUCCCCGCCCCACCCCCUCCCACAACCCAGCGCCCCCCCCUCUGUGGCGCCACACAUUUUCCAGAAACGGCUACGGACCAGCAACUCCAUGAUCCGAUUCAGGACAAUCGACAAGGCCACCGUCUGCAUCAAGAAGGACCACUCAGUCACGGGCGGCCAUGAGGUCACGGGCGAGGCUCUCAUGAGCCACGUGCUGACGGAGCAGGCCCUCCGCCACCACUACAGGAAGGGGCUGGGAUUUGUCGCCGACACAGAGGGUGAUAGGAUGGCGGGUGGGCUUAACGAGUCGGGUGGGAUGAGCGAGGCCUCGCGUGCCAUGCUGCGCCAGCUGAGGAGAGGCAACUACAGCUACCAGGCCCCCUCACGCUUCGGCGGCGUGCCCUUCACGCCCAUGCUAGCCCACGGUGGCGGCGAUGCACCACCCUCUCCCAGUGCCGCCCCACAGCUCACACAGCCGCCCUCGUCCGGCUCCCCUCCCGACCCCUCGUAUGCGCUGAGGGGCCUGGCUUCCGAUGAGUUUGCCAUGGCUGCGGUCAAGUUCAUCCCCCCUGGCCCAACCGCAAUCUCAGCCCGGCCCAACCUGCCAUCGCACCUAAAGGAGACGCACGCCCUCCCAAUGCAAGGGCAGAACAAGAGCGUGGUCGACGGCGUGAUGCGGCGGCGCCUGGGGCUGACGGGCCAGCAGUCGUCGUGGGGCAUGGUCUAUGGGGCGCUAGACCUCUUGGAUAAGGGCAAGGAGAUGCAUGGCGUGACGGUCCUGGGGUGGAAGGGGGAUUCAGAGGUGACGAGGCAGCUGAAGAGCGAGAACGUGCGGGCCGUGGCGGCAUCGGCAGUGGGCAGGCGGGGCCUUUUCGUAUGGGGUGACGACAACGGGCCCAACGAGCUGAUCUCCAUCCAUGAGGUGGAGUUCGACACCACCCCAGCCCCCUCCGCAUCGCGCAACCCUCCCCCUCCUUCGACCACCCACAAGAGGCGCGUAGCCGUCACCAGUGUCACCCGCAUCGAUCCGACCGGCGACAUGGCGGGCACGUUCCGCCAUCUGCCGUUCAAGACUGACACGUCCAGUCCCGAGCAGCAGUUUGUGCGUGCCCUGGGGAGGUUGUAUACUGGUGGGGCGAGACCGGCACCCAAUACCGACCCACGGGCGGUCGAGUAUCUGCGGCGGGUUGAUAUGGGGACGAUCCUGCGGCAGGAUCUGGGAUUCUUGGGGUACUCUGCAGCAACCGACAACUGGCCAGCGGCCUUGUCGGCCAUAUCCUUUCUCAGUGGCCGUCCCUUGUUUCAUAUUGGCUGCGGUGUGCCCGAGUGGGAGAUGGUGGUGGAUGUCAACGCUUUGUACCGGCUGCACCAGGCAGGAGGCGCGUCGACAGGUACCUCAAGGCGACACUCGCACACACACCAGCAACACACACACCAGCAACACUCAACAAGAGUCAUCCACUCCGUGCUCUGCGCGUGUACGUGCAGGUGGGACAUUCAUGAGCCGUGCACUGGCCUGCCUCGACUACAACAAGUGCAUGACCCCAGACCGCUUCAUCGAGAAGCUGGCGCGAUACUUCCGUGUGGAGCCGAUGCCCACCAAGCCACCCCCACCCACAGCUGCCCAUUCCUGUUCGCCAUCCCCUCCCCCCAGCGCAGUGCCGGACAUCGAGCGGCUCAUCGGCGGCCGACAGGACAUCAUCGAGCCAGCCAAGACGAUCCUUUUCCAGCUCGUGUGCCUCGAUCCAGUCGAGAGGGGGGUCAAGGAGGCCGAUGCAGUGAGAGGACAAAUCGUCCGCCUCUUGCAGGAGAGGACUAUCGUGUCGCGGCCUCUACCAGGGGCGAGUGAGGGGUCGGGGGACGUAGACGACACGCCCUAUCGGAUUAUCCUGCCGCCGUCGCCAGCCGACAUGCCGGCCGUCCCCCCACGCACCACCACUCGUCCCCAGCCGUACGAUGGCGGCGGGUGGUGUUGUCUGAUGCCGCUGGUGUUGCUGAUGGUCGGAUUUCUUCUGCUGAUGGUCACAUCGAUGCUCCUGGUCGUCGAGCCGGUCAGCAGGUGCGCGAAUAAAACAAGGGAGAGUCUGACGGAGGGACGGAGGGAGGGGGCGACCGCAGCCAUAUAUGCUGGCUGGCUGGCACUGUGUGUGUGCAGCAGCGUGACGCCCGUUGGCUUGCCACAUGCCUGCAUGCCCCCACACAAUGGGCUCGGAGAUUGUCUACCUCACACGACAUGGCAGCUGUAA